GGUAUUGGUUGUUGGGGCCAAUAGGAGCACGUUAGGCAUGUAACGCGACAAACCUUGAGACUCGCAUUGUAGACCUUCGCAUUAGUAACGAUUUUUAGGUUACCUAGCCUACUUCGUAUAAAUCCAGCUUGAGCUACGCAUCCGUACACUUCGACGAAAUGUCCAGGAGGAAUCUCGGGGACGAUUAUAGAAAAGGGUCAAGUGUCUACAGAACAGAGGACAGGAGGGAGGAUGACAGAGGUAGGGACCGCUCGCCGCUCAGAGCCGAGGAACGUUCCGAUACAGAGGAUUGCGAUCAGUCGGAUGGGAAGAAACAAAAGUUGGCGUUUGGCUUUGGAAAAAAGACAAGUGGCAACGAACAGAAGAAGGGAAUUCAAAUUAAAUUAGGUUCUGCAUCUCAGAAAUCAACUGUGAAAGCAGCACCAGUUCAAAAACCGACGGUAGCCUCAGUGUUUAAUGCGGACGAUGAUGAAGAACCGGAGGAGAUGCCAGCAGAAGCGAGGAUGAGGAUGCGAAAUAUCGGGCGCGAAACACCGACGUCAGCCGGGCCGAAUUCCUUCGGCAAGACAAAACAGGGGUUCUGCGACUCAAAAAAGAUAUUCGAGAAAACGCUAAAGAAAGCGAUGGAGGAAGCAAACAAAUGAUUUUGCAUAUGUAAUUGUGUGCGUGUGUGGAAAAAUUACUUAUAUAUUAAUUUUAAAUGAUACACUAGAAACUUUAUUCUCUUGCUGAAAUGAAAUACAAGUAUUUUUAUGAAAUGUAACUCAUUGGCAGAAUUCAGAUUUUAGCUUUUGCUUCAACUUAAGGCAAGUGUUAGACGAUACGUGCGCAUCAUGUACAAUAAAUCUUUAUCUAAAUUGUUCCGAUGCAGCUUGACGACAGUUUUUUCUCGUAUAAUAUAACUAAAUAGCCUGUUACCAAACUGCGUUACAAUGAAAUACUGCAUCUACACUUUACUCAUCUCUUUCUUGAAAUAAAAAUAAUGUUGAUCUGUGUCGAAUAAAUGAAGCAUCUCGCAUUGG